AUGGCCAGUAUCGCAGACCUGCACAUUGUAUGCUACGAUCAAGCGUUUGCAAAGGAUGGACACGUGCUUUUGAGGUGUACGGCCGAAGGAAGUCAUUGUGGAGAGGCUCAUAAUGGAAUUGAAAAGACUGGCAAUAAAGCCAAAUGGAGUGCGGCUGCUAUAUUUGAGGUUGAGAAUGGCAAGGUCAAGAGCUUCACCAAGGACCGGGAUAAGCUGCACAUGUGGGAGCAGCUUGGAUGGAUGAAGGGGGACGAGUAUGUUUGA